AUGCUAGAUGUAAAGCUUCGUCGAUUAUUCACGUUAUUGAGCAAUGUCCUCGGAAUCGGAAUCGAACCGGUGUUGGUAAAUUUGUCUAAAGGCCAUGCAGUGGAAAGUUUCCCUCUAUUGAAGGAGGGACAAGUAGGGCAAGGGCAAGGGCAGGAGCAGGGUCAAGGAACGCCAAUGGAUUCGCAUCGGCGUUCGCAUUCGAAUUCUCUCUUGCCAUUUGAAAUAUGUGAGAAUAGUAAACCUCAUCAUCAUCAUCAUCAUCAUCGGAGUCGGAGUCGCUUCAAAAGCGGGCAGUUCGAUGACGGCUUUUACGUGCAUGAAGCCAAUGCCAGGUCUGUGUACAUAAACGAUCCCAAGAGAACCAAUGAAAACUAUGAGUUCACAGGGAACGAGAUCAGAACAAGCAGCUACACUUUGCUUACCUUCUUGCCUAAGAAUCUCUUCAUUCAGUUCCACAGAGUUGCUUAUCUCUAUUUCCUUGCCAUUGCCGCUCUCAACCAGCUUCCUCCAUUGGCUGUCUUUGGAAGAACCGCCUCUCUCUUCCCCCUCCUCUUCGUCCUCUGUGUCACCGCCAUCAAAGAUGGCUACGAGGAUUGGCGCAAGCACCGCUCCGAUCGAUUCGAAAACAACAGGGAAUGCCUCGUGCUUCAGGAACAUGGUAACUUCCGCCCCAAGAAAUGGAAGAGAAUACAAGCCGGCGACGUGGUUAAGAUCUCCGCCGACGAGAUGAUCCCGGCCGACAUAGUCUUGCUGGGAACGAGUGAUCAGAGUGGGAUUGCCUACAUUCAGACCAUGAAUCUGGAUGGAGAAUCGAACCUGAAAACAAGGUUUGCGAGGCAAGAAACGGUUACGGCAGUGACGUCAGAAUCGUGUGGAGUCACGGGAGUUAUCAGAUGCGAGAAGCCUAACAGGAACAUCUAUGAGUUUGCAGCCAACAUGGAGUUUAACGGGAACAAGAUUCCGCUGAACCAAUCCAACAUCGUGCUUCGGGGUUGCGUGUUGAAGAACACUGACUGGUUAAUCGGAGUGGUGGUGUGUGCCGGACAGGAAACAAAAGCAAUGCUCAACAGUGCAGCUGCUCCUCCCAAGAGAAGCAAGCUGGAGAUAUACAUGAAUAGAGAAACCGGUUGGCUCUCGAUUUUUCUUUUUGUGAUGUGCUCCGCCGUGGCCCUUGGGACGGCCGUGUGGCUCGUCCGCCACAAGCAGCAGCUAGAGACCUUGCCUUACUACAGGAAGACAUACCUCAACCUUGGCCCCCAUUUUGGAGAAGUUUAUAGAUACUACGGCAUACCCAUGGAAAUACUCUUCUCCUUUCUCAGUUCCGUUAUUGUCUUUCAGAUCAUGAUACCGAUUUCUCUCUACAUCACAAUGGAGUUGGUUCGUGUGGGACAGUCUUACUUCAUGGUGGAAGACAUGGAUAUGCAUGAUUCUUCUUGUGGAUUAAGAUUCCAGUGCAGGUCCUUCAAUAUAAAUGAAGAUUUGGGUCAGAUACGUUAUAUAUUCUCUGAUAAGACUGGAACUCUCACAGAAAACAAAAUGGAAUUCCGGAAAGCUAGUGUGUUUGGAAAAAAUUACGAAAGCUCCAUCCCUGUGCCUCCUGCAGUUAAAAGUAAACGAAGAUGGAAGCUCAAAUCUGAAAUUCCCAUCGAUUAUGAUCUGAUGACAUUGUUGCAGAAAGAAGAAGAUCCAAGUAGCGAGGAAAGAGUUGCUGCUCACGAUUUUUUCAUCACGUUGACUGCUUGUAAUACUGUGAUCCCUGUUGUUAAUGGUUCUAGGCCUUCCAAGGAAGAUGAUGGUGUAGUUAGCAUUGAUUACCAGGGAGAGUCUCCCGAUGAACAAGCUCUGGUUUCUGCUGCCUCUGCAUACGGUUACACUCUUUUUGAGAGAACAAGUGGACAUGUUGUUGUUGACAAAAAUGGUGAAAAAAUCAGACUGGAAGUGCUGGGGAUGCAUGAGUUUGACAGUGUGCGGAAGAGAAUGUCUGUUGUUAUUCGGUUUCCGGACAAUGCUGUGAAGGUGUUAGUUAAAGGCGCAGAUACUUCCAUGCUUAGCAUCUUGGCAAAUGACAAGGACAGUGUAUGGCAUGGGACGCAGACUCAUCUGAAUGAGUAUUCUUUGGAAGGUUUGCGCACACUUGUGUUGGCUUCAAGAGAUCUCUCAGAGGAAGAGCUUCAGGCGUGGCAAAGCGCCUAUGCAGAAGCCAGCACAGCAUUGUACGACCGGGCUACCAAAUUGCGCCAUGCAGCAUCCCUCAUUGAAUGCAAGUUGAAGCUGCUUGGAGCUACCGGGAUUGAAGACAGGCUGCAAGAGGGUGUCCCUGAUACCAUUGAGUGCCUUAGACAAGCUGGAAUUAAGGUCUGGGUUCUAACCGGCGACAAGCAAGAAACUGCCAUUUCAAUUGGUGUCUCCUGCAAACUUCUCACCCCAGAUAUGCAUAAGAUUAUCAUAAAUGCCAAUUCCGAGGCUCAUUGCAGAGAUCUCUUGGUUGAAGCUAAAGCCAGAUAUGGUGUGAGACCUUCGGGUAAAGGACAUGGGAAUGGCAAGUGCAAAACCAUUGCUGAUUUAGGAAAGGAAGAAGACGAAGAAGAUACAGCUCCAAUGGCACUCAUAAUUGAUGGCACCAGCUUGGUUUAUAUUUUGGAGAAGGAAGCAGAAUCAGAGCUUUUCGACCUUGCAACUGCCUGUAGGGUUGUGAUAUGCUGCCGGGUUGCACCCUUGCAGAAAGCAGGAAUUGUUAAUCUCAUUAAGAGCCGCACAGAUGAUAUGACAUUAGCCAUAGGAGACGGGGCCAAUGACGUGUCAAUGAUCCAAAUGGCGGACGUUGGUGUUGGAAUAUGUGGCCAGGAAGGGCGCCAAGCAGUGAUGGCAUCAGAUUUUGCAAUGGGUCAAUUUCGGUUCUUGAGAAAACUACUACUGGUUCAUGGUCACUGGAAUUAUCAGCGUCUUGGCUACCUAGUUCUUUACAACUUCUACCGUAAUGCUGUCUUUGUUUUCAUGCUAUUUUGGUAUAUACUGUGCAGUGCUUUUUCUACAACUUCUGCCUUGACAGAGUGGAGUUGUGUAUUAUACUCCGUGAUAUACACAUCAAUACCUACCGUGAUUGUUGGUGUUAUGGACAAAGACUUGAGUCAGAAGACUCUGUUGCAGUAUCCGAAGCUGUAUGGUGCUGGUCAUCGGCAAGAGGCUUACAAUAUUCGAUUGUUUUGGUUAACAAUGAUCGACACACUAUGGCAGAGCCUUGUUGUGUUCUUGAUUCCAGUACUGACUUAUCAGAACAGCUCAAUGGAUAUUUGGAGCCUGGGCAGCUUGUGGACAAUUGCGAUUGUUAUCCUUGUAACCGUGCACUUGGCUAUGGAUGUUAAUGGUUGGAUAUUGAUCAUGCAUGUUGCUGUAUGGGGUUCAAUUUUCAUUACAUAUGGUUGCCUCAUAGUAUUGGACUCUAUACCUCUCCUUCCGAAUUACUGGACUAUUUACCAUCUAGCGUGCUCCCCAACAUAUUGGACAACGAUUUUGCUUGUAACAGUUGUGGCAUUGCUCCCUCGAUUUGCAUGCAAGGUUGCUUCUCAAAUCCUAUGGCCUUCAGAUAUUCAGAUAGCUAGAGAAGUUGAGGCAAUAAGUAAAGAACAUGGAGAUUGGUAGGCAGGGCAACAAGCUAAGUGUAUAGUUUGUUUUGCGUUAUUGUCUUCUAGAAACUAGGCAACUCUAUUGCAUUGCAUUCUUUGGCACUUGCGGUUGGAUAGAUCAUCGGAUGGGUAGCCGAUGAACAGAACGAAGUGAUGGGAUACAAUUGAAUCCUAAUGUGUGAUUAGGCAUAUAAGUAUUGGGAAAUCACAUGGAAAUUUAUGAAACCAAAGCCUAGUGAAAACAU